GGUGUCCCUUGUCCAAUCAUCAUCCAGCUUUUUGAUGAUGCCCUUGAAGCUUGUGAGGAUGUUUGUCAAGAAUUGUCAUUUCCACUCAUGGAAGCCUUACGAGAUCCCCAUAAUGCCCAACAGACUGCUGAUAAUCUAGAUACUGUCAGUGUUCGUGAAAAUGCCACAGGUUCUGCAAUGGGUGAGUGUGAUUUAGAUGGUGAGUCAGGCACGGUUUGUGUUGUUGGUGAGGGUGAUGGACAUGCUGACAGAAACACUGAUGGGGAGGAUGAUAAUAUUUCAUGGUAUUUUGAUGGUCAUAUUCCAGGGCCUGAUGGUCGUAUCCCAGGGAUAGAUGAUCUUGCCCGGGGGUUAAGUGACCAUAUCCCUGGGGUUAUAAAUCAUAUCCCAGGGAUAGAUAAUCUUGCCCAGGGGGUAAAUGACCGCAUCCCGACGGUGAUAAAUCAUCUUCCAGGUGCCAGUGGGAUUGUUGACAUGGAAAAUGUGGAUGAUUCACACUCAGUCUCAAAGACACUACUUCAUAGCAUUAUACCGAAACCAAAACAGGCUAGCAAGAAUGAUGAUCUUUUUCCUGACUUAAGAAGUGAUGAUUGUGUGGUCGGAAGCGAAAAGAACCAGGGAAGGAUAUUGUCUGAAGUAGAAUACAGUAGCUUAAUGGAUUGCUUGAGAGACAGAAGUAUACAUGUUACGAGUCUGACGUCGACUUCGGGUAACUAUGACAGCUUAGAUAAAGUACAGAAAAUUUCGGAUAAAGAUGUAUUCUUGGGUGAAAGGGAAAACAGAGAAAUCAAUCAGUCAAAUUCAAGAAAAAAGUUUUAUGGAAAACCGCUUACAAAAACUUCACAGCAUAUGGGAUGCAUAAGUACUGCUUUAUCUUCAAAAAGCGCAAGCAAAGACGACGAGGAAGAUGAAUUUGAAGCGUCUUUUGUGGAAGCUGUUUCCAAUUCGAGCAAAAGCGCUCUUCACUCAUAUUCUCAGGGUCUUCUUUUCAAUAACACCUCAGGAUCAGAACUGAAAAAUCUUGGAAAUGAAGUAACAAAACUAUCAGUGGAAGAGAAGACUAAAGAUAGCUCCUCUACUGUCGGUGAGAGUAAAUCAAUUGCAGCCGAGGCACCAGAAAAAGAAACAGGCCCAAACGUUCAAUCCAAGCCAAAAUCUUCAAGGAGUGUUAAGACGAAGCUUCUGGAUUCACAACAGCUGCCUUCUUCAGGACGCACGGACAAAGAAAUUACUGACAGAUUGCUUUUUUUGGUGGGGCAGAAGCUGGAGAGCAAGGGAAAGGCAGCCAGAACACAGUUCAAAUUGUCUGAAAUUUAUAAAGGAAGUCGACAUUUUAUAAGCAGUUCAGAGGAGUCAGUUCUAGCGGCGUCUUCUUCGAGAAUGACUCGUUUAAACCAAACUACAGACAUUUUGUCCCAUGGAGAUUUCUCAGCAAGAAAUUCAACCGAUAAACAAGGGCGGACAGGAGUACAAAAUUUGGUGAAGUCAACGCUAUUAAGACCUAAUCUAUCAGAAGAAAAAUCAGAAAACGUUUUAAACGGAAAAACAACUCAGGCUGUACAGUCAACGACUAGGAACGUUCAAGCAGGGAAGGUAGAUUCUCAACACUCAACUUUUGCGAAAAAAUUUCUUGAAAAAAGCGCAAGUCAGUCAGAAACGAUUUCAUAUUCCAAAGAGAAGGAAAAAUGUUUGGGUAGUAACGAGGAGUUAUUAACACGUCUUGGUGAUCGCAUGGCUCAUGGAAAACAGCUAGAAAUGAAACUAGCGGUGAAAAUUAUCACUUCUGUUUUUAACUGUUCAGGUAAAGCUUCGCUCGAAGAAUUCGACAUUCAUUUGAAUAUGAUUCACACAGAGCUGAUCUUUGGUCCACCAAGUUCUUUUUCCCAAACAGUCGAUGGUCUGUUACUGGAAGACACAACUAACUUUCAAUUUUCAACUAGUGUAUCAGGCUCCCAACGUUUCAUCGCGUUAGUUAAUGGUGACGUCACAGCAGAUUUUCGCCAUACUGGCUUAAACAACGAAAUACAGAUUCACAGAAUUAUUGAACACAAAGAAUUUAAAGACGCUAUUUCCACUCAGGAGGAAUAUUGGUAUCAACGUAAUACAAGCUCUCUCAGGGACCAUAAAAUUGGGGUCCUUGUCACUAAAGGAGUCGUUCAAGAUUCUAUCCUAGACUAUUGUUUGUCCCAUAACAUUGUAGUUCUCCAAAAAGUAGCAUAUCCAACUCUUCAACUUCUCUCCUUUGCUACCGGCUCCGUCAUGGUGACGUAUUUGGCUGAUUUGAAGGAGAAGGAUAUCGGAAAGCCCGUUACCAUAGAUACCUGGGAGCUUGGCUGGACACCUUUAGUAGUGAGACAAAGCAAGGUGGAAAGUGGUAAUUCUUGCGACGUCAGGAAACUACAGUUUGUGCUUAUAAAAGAAUUCAAAAAAGAAAGUGGAACCUUUAAAGGUAAGGUCGUUUUCGGUAAUGACUUUGUGACUCUAAAGUUCAGAACUCAGUCAACAGUUACGACUUUACCGCAGUCAUUAGGGGAGGGAUAUUAUUAAAAAUUAGACUGCCGCGAGUCUUCUGUUAUUAUUUUUUUCAAAGAUAAUGAAGUCACAUAUGUAACACGCGUCCCGCAAAAGACUGGCGAAUAAAAAGCUUGCCUAGUCGCUAAACCUCAUAAUUCCACGCGACUGAUUCAUUUCGGCUCACGUGGUCUGAGUGCACGUCACCGAAAACACAUGACCGUGAAGGCCUGGAAAGUCACCGCACUGGGACCAGGCAAACAAUAAGCGCUUGUCAGAAAUAACACUGGGUUCAAAUUAACAAACGUCUCUACAUGUAUCUUUGUCAUAAGAAAGAGCACUGGUAUUUGAUAUACGAAGAUAUACGAAAGACCGCUCGUAAGGUCAUGGUGAAACUGUGAUAAAUUCAUUGCUGUGAAAGAGUGAAAUUAAGCGAAAUUAACUCUAUUAAUUCUCUGUGUCUUUUUUCCAAAAGAUAUUAACAGCCCGCUUCAAACUGUGCUACUCUGUAGUCCAUGUAAAGAUCAUGUCUGGGACGCAGAACACCGCUUCUGGAAUUCUAUUCAUCGCUUGAAGAACGUCCUCGCUUGUGGCCGUGUGCUGCCUGGGGCCGGAGCACCGGAAAUUGCUUGUAUUCGACGACUGAAUGAAUUAGCAGGUUCGUAUAGCUACCAGUCUCCCGCGAAACAACACGGAAACCAGCGACUCCUUUUGCUGCACAACCUGAUUUAGGGAAGAGGUUUAUGAGGCAACUGAUUGAGGUCAGAAUUUAUUCUUGUUUUCACAGGUCAACAAAAUAAAUCCCAGAAGUCACGCAGUUCUCUAUCCGGAUGGUUGGACGGGAGCUUGGAAGUUUUUAGGCCGUUGGUGUACUCUGCAUUUGCUGAGGGAUUUAAAGACUAUUUAGGAAGCGUCGUUCAUAAUUCAGGAACAUUAACCAUACCCUCGGGAGUUUCAGCCUAUAUUGAGGAAUUGAUUACCGCGGGAUCCUGUUUAGACUUUCUAUUAAAUACUGAGGAGGAGAAAUCGGUGAACACCCUUAAUGAUAACGAGGCACAAAACGAGUGCGGACUCUCGAGAGCUAAUGUCAAAGAUCUCGCCGCGGCGUCCGGUUCCAUGACUCCCGCUAAAGGUGGAGUAGGGGCUCCAAUUCACUCUGGAAAAUUAUCUCAUAAGGUAGAAAUGCUGCUUCUAUGGGAUGAUUAUUCCGCAAAGAAAGAAGCAUGGAAAAGAGCUCUUGGCGUCGUAAGAAUAUUGUUACAAUCGGACAAGUUGAUCAAGACUGGGCUGAAAAGCAAUUCUCUUGAAGCGGAUAUAUUUUGA